AUGGCCACGGGGAGCCUCACGAGGCUUGCCGUCCCUUGCUGUGGCAAUCCUUGCCGAUCUUCCUUCCCGCCUCGUGUGAAGGGCCCCCCACUCAUUGCCUCGCUCGUGUUCGCAGACCAUCUUCUUCUUCUGUGUCCCUCCAGCAUCCAGAGCUUAGCCAUGAAGAGUAAAAGUAAGGAUGAGACCAGUGACACAGACAGUGGGAUCAUAGUGCAGUCAGGACCAGACAGCCCCAUGUCUCCAAUGAAGGACCUGACCCAAGCUAUGAGGAAACAGCAGAAGGCACUGGAGGAGCGGCUGGAGGCCUGCGUACAGGAGCUGAGGAGGCUGUGUCUGCGCGAAGCGGAACUGACGGGAAUGCUUCCCACAGAGUAUCCUCUGAAGCUAGGAGAGAAGCCCCCCAAGGUCCGCCGUCGAAUUGGCGCUGCUUUCAGAUUGGAUGAAAAAGCCAUUCUCUCCAGAGGAGCCGAUCCCCUGAGCACGCUGGAGAGAGAACUGGCCCUCCAGCUGCAGUUUGCCGAAGCCGCGCGGUGUCUCUCCCGGGAAGAGAAUCUCACCAAGCAGGUCCGCAAGCACCGGAAAAGUGCUGUGCUGAAGGAGGAAAAGAAGCUGAAGGAGUUGCAGCAAGCCCUCCAUGAGUACCGCCUGGCAGCCAAGCAUUCCUCACAGCUAAGGGCCAGUGCUCCUGCUUUAGAAGGGUUCUGUGUCUCGGAGGAGAGUUCCCCGUCAGAUGCUGCUCUGGUAGAGCAAGAACCCCAGGCCCUGGGCCCGCAUCCUCCAUCGCAGCUCACUGCUUCAGCUCACCUGCAGCCCCAGCAGAGCUCUUCCGUCCAGCCUCCACACCCUGCCCUGCUGGAAGGACAGAACCAUGGCCAAGCCAGCAUCCUGGAGGGUUCCCCCAUCCAGAACAGCCCUUGGAAGGAGACCAGCCUGGAUAAACCCUACGAGAAGCCGAAGAAGUCCUUUGAUACCAGCAGCAUGCCAAGCGGUCCAGGCGUGUUGUCCCAGCCUGCCCCCAGCCCCCCUGCUCAGGGCUUGGUCGAGCCUCCGCUGUGCCAUUUUGUUCCUACCAGGAAGCUGGAACUCAGGAGACAGUCUGGCUCUAGCGCUCCACCCACCCCAGAGUUCCUGGGAAGGCGAGGAGAAUCGCAGCUCGUAAGGGUGUGCUCAUCCCGGGAAGGUUUGGAGUCACGUGGAAGAAGCGCGUUGCCGAGGCGACGGCCCACCUACUACACUGUCACCGUCCCAGAGUACUGCUUCUCUGCACCCACGUCCAACCCAGUGGUCAAGCCCACCUUUCACUCUGCUUCGGAAGACAGCAAUUCUGACGUCUCCAGCAUCUCCUAUACUACAUCUGCAGGGAGCAGCAGCCCUGAUAUCUCCUUCCUGAAGCCGGCUCCCUCCGUGCCCACGGAGGAGACUCAGAGCCAUCUCUGCAAGGGGCAUGAAGCAGAGUACCAUUGCCAGCGCCCUCAGACGCUAGAGUGUCCCUCGGGCUUCUUCUAUGCCAUGGAGUAUGUGCCUGACAGCCACAGCCGGCCGACCUUUCUCUCCAGCAGCGCUGUUCACUUUGCCUACAGGGAAGAGCUGGUGCCGGUCAGGUUCCACAGGCCAGUUGUCUCCCACAGCCGGGUGAUGCGCACACCCUCCCUGAAGGACUGUCCCCUGGUGGGCCCCCGGGUGUUGUCCAAGUCCGUGGUGACAGAAGAGCUCAAAUCGUGGCACGAACGGACCCGUCUGCGCGGUGCAAGGCCACAUUCCCUGGACCGGCAAGGGGCUUUCCGCAUGCGCAGUUGCCCUGGCAGGGAGCUGCGCUCGGCGUGUUCCAUGGGGCAGCACGUGCAGGGACCUCGUAUUCAUAUCUUGAAACGCUCUCCCGAAGGAACCCCUGUGCAGGUCUAUGUGCCAGAAAACGGAGAAAUCAUAACUCAAGUCUAG